CGCGACAAUGGAGGACCCGGAGAAGGUCAUUGCAUCCCAACGUACGAAUUUCGAUGUCGAGACCGACAGUGCCGCCAUCACCGUGUUGGGUGAUGAGUCCCAACAAGGACAGGUAGCCGGUCCUAUCAACAAGGAAUGGGCCAUGGCGGCAGAGGUCAAACAGCGGUGGGAGCUGGAGGCUGAGUCCGGCUUUAGAAGACAGGAACUGGGUGUGACAUGGAAGAACCUGACCGUGCAGGCCGUGUCCGCCGAUGCAUCGAUCAAUGAGAACGUCCUGUCGCAGUUCAACAUCCCAAGGCUCAUCGGAGAGUCGAGACACAAACCUCCCAUGCGAAAGAUUCUCCAGGACAGCCACGGCUGCGUCAAGCCUGGCGAGAUGCUCCUGGUUCUCGGACGGCCUGGCUCCGGGUGCACAACCUUGCUGAAGAUGCUGGCGAACCAUCAACAGGGUUACGCAUCUGUCGAGGGGGACAUUCGGUUCGGGUCCAUGACACCUGAAGAGGCUGCCCAGUACCGGGCUCAGAUUGUGAUGAAUACGGAAGAAGAGCUCUACUUCCCGACCCUGACCGUGGGUCAGACGAUGGAUUUUGCAACCCGUCUCAAGCUACCGUUCCGCCUUCCCAACUCCGAGACCCCCGAAGCCUAUCGCCAGGAGUGGAAGCGUUUUCUGCUCGAGUCGAUGGGUAUCUCUCACACCCAUGACACCAAAGUCGGCAACGAAUUUGUGCGUGGUGUUUCGGGAGGCGAGCGAAAACGUGUUUCCAUCAUUGAGUGCUUGGCGACCCGCGCAUCCAUCUUUUGCUGGGAUAACAGUACCCGUGGAUUGGAUGCCAGCACUGCUCUCGAGUGGACCAAGGCCAUUCGCGCGAUGACCGACAUCCUUGGCCUUACUACCAUCGUCACCCUCUACCAACCGGGCAAUGGCAUUUACAGUCUCUUUGAUAAGGUACUGGUUCUGGAUGAGGGGAAGCAGAUCUACUACGGUCCAAUGACAGAGGCACGGCCGUUUAUGGAGCAGUUGGGCUUCGUCUGUCGCGAGGGCUCCAACGUCGCCGAUUUCCUGAGCGGCGUGACCGUCCCGACAGAGCGUCUUGUCCGCCCGGGAUAUGAGAACCGUUUCCCUCGGAACGCGGAAAUGGUGCUCUCCGAAUACGAAAAGUCACCCAUUCGGGCGAGCAUGGCUACCGAAUAUGAUUACCCCGACAGCGAUCUUGCCCAGCAGCGUACAGAGGAAUUGAAGGCGGCCGUGGCCGAGGGGAGAUCCAACAGGCUGCCCAAAGACAGCCCGCUGACGGUCAGCUUCCCGCAGCAGGUCAUGGCCUGUAUCAUUCGACAGUAUGAGAUCAUCUGGGGAGACAAGGCUACGUUUAUGAUCAAGCAAGCUUCCACAAUAAUACAAGCCCUCAUUGCCGGGUCUCUUUUUUACAAUGCCCCUAAUAACUCUGGUGGUCUCUUUAUCAAAGGCGGUGCCCUCUUCUUUUCUUUGCUGUUCAACUCUUUGCUAUCUAUGUCCGAGGUCACGGAUUCCUUCGGUGGCCGGCCAGUGCUCAUCAAGCACAAGGGUUUCGCUUUCUUCCAUCCCUCGGCUUUUUGUAUUGCACAGAUCGCUGCAGACAUCCCAAUCCUCCUAGUCCAGGUUUCACUGUUCUCACUCAUACUGUACUUCAUGGCCGGCCUUACCAUGGACGCGGCUAAGUUCUUCACCUACUGGAUCUUGGUCUUUGCUGUAACCAUGUGCAUGACAGCGUUUUUCCGUGCGGUCGGUGCUCUUUUUACCACAUUUGACGGAGCCUCGAAGGUUUCCGGUUUCUGCAUCAGUGCGUUAAUCAUGUACACCGGCUACAUGAUUCAGAAACCUCACAUGCACCCGUGGUUCGUAUGGAUAUACUGGAUUGAUCCGUUGGCCUAUGGUUUCGAGGCUCUACUUUCGAAUGAACUUCACGGGCUGGAUUUCCCAUGUGUUGGUACCAACCUCGUUCCCAAUGGCCCCAACUACGGGAAUCCCCAUUAUCAGGCAUGUACCGGCGUUCCUGGUGCGACUCGCGGUGCCACUUACGUGAGAGGGGACCAGUACCUGAAAUCACUGUCUUACAGCCAUGCCCACGUAUGGCGAAAUUUCGGCAUUGUUUGGGCCUGGUGGGGGCUCUUUGUGGCCGCUACAAUCAUUGCCACUUGCCGAUGGAAGUCCCCGAGCGAGAGUGGUGCUUCGUUGCUCAUACCACGCGAGAGAUUAAAGAAGCACACGGUGCAAGAACGUACAGCAGAUGAGGAAGCGCAAGCUACGGAGAAAGGUCGCGCGACUCCCGAGAAGACUGGCGCGCAGGUUUCGGAUGAGAUUGAAGGGCAACUGGUUCAAAAUACGUCGGUUUUCACUUGGAAGGACCUCUGCUACACGGUCAAAACACCGUCCGGCGAUAGACUCCUUCUCGAUAAUGUACAGGGAUGGGUGAAGCCUGGAAUGCUUGGAGCGUUAAUGGGUUCGUCGGGCGCCGGCAAGACUACCUUGCUAGAUGUCCUCGCUCAGCGAAAGACCGAAGGUACUAUCCGCGGGUCGAUUAUGGUGGAUGGACGUCCGCUGUCUGUGUCAUUCCAAAGAUCUGCGGGGUAUUGUGAGCAGCUGGAUGUGCAUGAACCCUUUGCUACUGUUCGCGAAGCCUUGGAAUUCUCUGCCGUUCUUCGCCAACCACGUGAAGUCCCGCGCGAGGAGAAGUUGAAGUAUGUCGAGACAAUCAUCAACCUUCUAGAGCUUCAUGAUAUUGCCGACACGUUGAUCGGCAAGGUCGGUAAUGGACUGAACGUGGAACAACGGAAGCGCGUCACCAUUGGCGUGGAGCUGGUUGCAAAGCCGAGCAUUCUGAUCUUUUUGGACGAGCCCACCUCGGGUCUCGAUGGGCAGUCUGCCUUUAACACGGUUCGGUUCCUGCGCAAACUCGCGGACGUUGGACAGGCAGUUUUAGUGACAAUCCAUCAGCCUUCUGCCCAGCUGUUUGCCCAGUUCGAUACAUUGUUAUUGCUCUCAUAUGGUGGGAAGACGGUCUAUUUCGGUGAUAUCGGAGACAACGGACAGACGGUGAAGGAUUAUUUUGCGCGUUAUGGUGCUCCUUGCCACCCCGACGUAAACCCAGCGGAGCAUAUGAUUGAUGUUGUCUCUGGGAGUCUUUCCCAGGGUCGGGACUGGAACAAAGUCUGGCUUGAAUCUCCUGAAUACGAACGUACCGUGAAGGAACUCGACCGAAUCAUCGAGGAAGCCGCAUCCAAGCCGCCCGCUACUCAUGACGAUGGACGUGAGUUCGCCAUGCCUCUCUGGGAACAAAUCAAGAUUGUGUCGCAUCGCAUGAAUGUUGCCCUCUUCCGAAACACCGACUACGUGAACAACAAGUUCGCCCUGCAUAUUGGUUCUGCCCUUUUCAACGGUUUCUCGUUCUGGAUGAUCGGUGAGCAUGUCAGCGAUUUACAGUUACGUCUCUUCACCAUCUUCAACUUCAUCUUCGUGGCCCCUGGUGUCAUCAAUCAGCUUCAGCCGCUCUUCAUCGAGCGCCGGGACAUCUAUGAUACGCGGGAGAAGAAGUCUCGAAUGUAUUCCUGGAUAGCGUUCGUCACGGCGCUGGUAGUGUCCGAGAUCCCCUAUCUUUGUAUCUGUGGGGUUCUCUACUUUGUGUGCUGGUACUACACGGUUGGCUUCUCGAGCGAUUCCAACAAGGCUGGUGGUACCUUCUUUGUGAUGCUUAUGUACGAAUUUGUCUACACUGGUAUUGGCCAGUUCAUCGCCGCAUACGCGCCCAACGCUGUAUUCGCCUCCCUUACGAAUCCUGUCAUAAUCGGCACUCUUGUCUCGUUCUGCGGUGUCCUCGUGCCGUACGCGCAGAUCCAAGUCUUCUGGAGGUACUGGAUAUAUUGGCUCAACCCGUUCAAUUAUCUCAUGGGGUCCAUGCUGGUGUUUGACGUGUUUGGUGUCAAGGUCAAGUGCAAGGAGGAAGAGCUAGCAGUCUUUCCCCCUCCCAAUGGUAGCACAUGUGGAGAGUACCUGAGCGAGUUUAUGGCGGGACCGGGCUCCAGAAUGCAUCUUCUCAGCCCCGAUGCCACCGAUUAUUGCCAUGUCUGUGAAUACCGCAGCGGAAGCGACUAUCUGUAUGCGAUCAAUCUCAAGGAUUAUUACUACGGCUGGCGUGACGCUGCGAUCGUUGUUAUCUUUGCGAUUAGCUCGUAUGCGCUUGUGUACGUGUUGAUGAAGCUACGGACUAAGGCUUCCAAGAAGGCGGAGUGACAGCUUCAUCGGGAUUCUUCCUUUACACUGUCUUUUCUCUUUUGAUUUUUUUUUCUUGGUUUUUCUUCAUUCACCCUGUCUUGAUCAGUGUAUCUACACAGCGUUAAAGCUGACCAUCAAAAGCUGGACGUCGAGAUUGUAUUUCGGGGGAUUUGUCAUUUUAUAUUCUACGGGAUUAUAAUAGAAUAGGUUUAAUAGAAAUAGAAUUGAUUAGUCUGAAGCGGUUCCUUAAUGUCCCCGUAUAGAUCCCGCAGAUAGCGAAUAUAAGCUCUUCUCCGACGUGGUAUUUUGGCCGUUGGCGAUGGAGGCCGUUGGGGUGUUUAUUAUUUAUUACUUGUUUUGUUGUUUCAUUAAGUGCGCCUUGCAGUAAACAAUUAUCAUAGUACACAAUCCCUUCAAAAAUAAUAAUAAUAAUAAUACUCAAUGCAACGUCUCAAUAACCCUCCGACAAAUAUCCCGAUGCGCCCUUUCCAUCUGCCUCUUCACAAAUGGCAUCAGGAACCAGUUACAUUCAACCGAGACAUUCUCCACCAGCACCCACUCGGAAGAAUCCGACGACGCAUUAGCAUAGUGAUCCCCCGUAGUCUCACUGUCGUUAUUAUUAGCGUUGUUAUUAGAAGAAGCACCCGACGAUCCUAGUCCAACUCCCAGGUCCUGGUCCUGACUCUGACGGGUCUGCACGGUAUACUCCGCCCUAACCACAACGCCGGCCGGAGCAUCUGCGCGCGUCCGCACUCCAGACUGCGUAUCCUGGAACCAGACAAGGAAGCUGAGGGAUAUCUUGGCCCAGUCUCCUGCGCCGGGGAUGAUGGGGAUUGCUUCUGUGGCGAGGUAUUGUUUUAGGUUGUUUGAAGAAGUGGUGGGGUCGAUGCUGUAGACUGGCUGGAAGUACGCGUCUGCUUGGGUUAUCUCUGCCGCUGCCAGUUGGGAGAGGGGGAUGUCUUUGUAGUCUGUUGUCAGCGCUUGGAGGGAGAGGAUGGCGGUAUGGUUGUGUAGAGCGGAGAUGACCCUGGCCGGUGGGAGAGUCGGCGGGAUGGGGGUGGUGAUUGUCAGCGAGUGCGAUGCACGAGACAUGAAGUCGCUAGGAGUGCGAUGGUAGCAGGAUCUUGAUCAAUCUCUGUGUGAAGAACGCUGCGUGUUUU